CGUGGUUUACGUAAAACAAGAUGGGACUGCCAGGACAACAAUUCCAACUAUCAAUACAAGGAAGACCUGGUCAUGUACAUUGGCCAAGUCAUGAAGGACGUGCUAAAGUUGCCCCGUCCAAGUUCCCCUCCAGUGGUUAAGCUGGAGAUGCGUGUUGAUGCGGAGUACGGGCUGCCCUCGACACACGCCAUGGCCGCUACCGCACUCUCCUUUACACUGUUACUGAGCGCCCCUUCCAGAAUCCAGUUCCAGUUCGAGAUGGGUCUACUGCUUGCUGUGACACUGUCGACGAUGGUGUGCUUGAGUCGUCUCUACACUGGCAUGCACUCAGUUUUGGAUGUCAUCUGUGGCGUUUUGAUCUCGGCACUCCUAAUGUUUCUCACUCACCCCUACUGGGAAACAUUUGACCAGUUUCAACUCACCAGCACCGUGUCACCAAUCCUUGCAUUGAUGCUGCCCCUGUUUCUAAGCUAUACCUACCCAGACCUGGACCAUUACAGCACCACACGAGGAGACACCACCACCAUCCUUGGAGUCGGGGCGGGCUGUUCUGUUGGAUAUUGGGUUAACAAACAGUUAGGAGAGACAUUUGAGCCCCAAGGAGUGCUGCCUGUGCCCUUACCCACGCUGACAUCAUAUACACUGGCUUGUGGCACUGCCCGCUUCCUCAUUGGCGUGGUAGCUUUAGUUGGCACCCGGCAGGUUAUGAAAGCAGCCAGCCUGCUUUUGUUGUAUUGGUGGUACAGAGUUCCAAAAUACAACCAGAGUGCCAAAAUGAGGAAAGAAAUUGAAGUGCCAAGUAAAUUUGCCACAUAUACAGCUGUUGGACUUGUUAAUUCUAUACUAGUCAAUAGGGUCUUCAUUGUACUGGGACUAUGA